AUGAAGAUCAAAUCUCCAAAGGACGACCUGCUUCCCGACCUGAGCCCCGUGGAGCAGUUCUUCCAGGGGAACUUCCCGGGCAGCGUGCAGAGGGAGAGGCACCACAACAUGCUCCAGUUCCAGGUCCCCUCCUCCUCCCUGGCCAGGAUCUUCCGGCUGCUCAUCUCCCACAAGGACAGCCUGCUCAUCGAGGAGUACUCAGUCACACAGACCACGCUGGACCAGGUAUUUGUGAACUUUGCUAAGCAGCACACUGAAACUCAUGACCUCCCUUUAUACCCCCGAGCCAGCGGACAAGCCAAGGGCUACUACCAAGCCAUCUCUGGGCCAGGUCUGACCUCCUCCCACACGGCCAUUCUCUGCGGCAGGACAGGAGCUCUGGGCAGCAGGAAGGGCAGGAGCCUCUGCCACGUGGCCGUCCGAGCCAACCAGCCAGCAUCAGUAAGGCCUCGGCAGCAGAAACAAACAGGCCGUGGCCGCCUUGGCCAGUCGACCAGGGACCUGCUGGCCUGGGGCUGCUCCGGACCUAAAGGAUCAAGACAUAAUGAGAGCAUGUUAGACAAGCCAAAGAGAAAACAUAAUGCCCAUGGGUAGGGUAAUGGGUUGCGGUAUGCGCUAAGCAGCAGGCGAGGCUGGCGAGUUGAAAUGGAGGAUGCACAUACAGCUGUGAUUGGUUUGCCAAGCGGACUUGAAACAUGGUCAUUCUUUGCUCUGUAUGAUGGGCAUGCUGGUUCUCAGGUUGCCAAAUACUGCUGUGAGCAUUUGUUAGAUCACAUCACCAAUAACCAGGAUUUUAAAGGGUCUACAGGAGCACCUUCUGUUGAAAAUGUGAAGAAUGGAAUCAGAACAGGUUUUCUGGAAAUUGAUGAACACAUGAGAGCUAUGUCAGAGAAGAAACAUGGUACAAAUAGAAAUGGGUCAACAGCUGUGGGUGUCUUCAUUUCUCCUCACCAGACUUAUUUCACUAACUGUGGAGACUUGAGAGGUUUCCUUUGUAGGAACAGGAAAGUUCAUUUCUUCAUACAAUAUCACAAGUCAAGUAAUCUGCUGGGAAAAGAACAGAUUCAGAGUGCAGGUGGUUCUGUAAUGACUCAGCGUGUGAAUGGCUCUCUGGCUAUAUCGAGGGCACUUAGGGACUUUGAUUACAAAUGUGUCCGUGGAAAAGGUCCUACAGAGCAGCUUGUCUCACCAGAGCCUGAAGUCCAUGAUACUGAAAGAUCUGAAGAAGAUGAUCAGGAGAAACCAAGAUGGUGGCAUAGGUAAACACCUGAAAUUGUUGCCUCGCACAACCACUUCAAAAAU